CCAACCUCCAACUGAAAUAUACCGACCUACCAUCUUCCCUCCACUUUCCUCUCUUCAUACUUCCAUAAAAAAAACAAGUCAAAAGUCAUAUCAGAAACCUUCAAAUUGGGGCAAAGUAUUUAUCACCACAAAAAGAAGGAACCCUAAUUUCAUCCUAACACUUUUUUUUUCUGGAUUUUUUAUUCUUUCUACAUUUCAUUUUCUAUACCAAACAACAACAAAAAUUUAUGAGCAGCUACCAUUACAUGUAUAUUCUUAUUUCCUCAACUAACCCACUAAAUUAAUUCACGUUUUACUAUUUUAGUUGGACAAAAAAAGGAAAAAAGAAAAACAGGGGAGCAAUUUUUUUUCCUUUUCCAGAUUUCUAGGGUUUUUUUUACUGAAUUACUUCACGAAAUUUCAGAAUGUCGAGUCUGGAGGAACCCCUUAGUUUUGACAAGCUACCUAGCAUGAGCACUAUUGACAGAAUUCAGAGGUUUUCAUCUAGCGCUUGUCGUUCCCAAGGAGAGGAUAUGGGAAUGGGAGCCCGCUGGAUUGAAGGAAGCAGGUGCAGCACGUCCAACAGUUGUAGUGAGGAUGCCGAAGAUUAUAUGGUAGAGGCUUCUCCGUGGGGAAAAAAUAACAUAGAGAAGUCCCAUGCUAAAGCUUGUGUUUGGAGGAGUUUAAGCGUAGGUAGGAAUCAUAUGGCUUAUGGAAGCCAUGACAAGAAUACUGGUGCCAAAAUGCGUAAGGUUCUUAACAGCAUACCAAAAUAUGUGAAGAUUGUGGAGGUUGGUCCAAGAGAUGGACUACAAAAUGAGCAAAAUAUGGUUCCUACCCAUAUAAAGGUUGAGUUGAUCCAUAGACUAGUUUCUGCUGGGUUAUCUGUUGUUGAGGCAACAAGUUUUGUAUCACCUAAAUGGGUACCUCAGCUUUCAGAUGCAAAAGAUGUUAUGAAAGCAGUUUGUCAUGUGGAUGCUGCUCGUCUUCCCGUGUUGACCCCGAAUUUGAAGGGAUUUGAAUCUGCUAUAGCAGCCGGUGCCAAGGACAUUGCUGUUUUUGCGUCUGCUUCAGAAUCCUUCUCGAAAUCAAAUAUAAACUGUAGCAUUGCUGAGAGUCUUGUUCGGUAUCGUGCUGUUGUUUCUGCAGCAAAAAAACUUUCAAUUCCAGUUCGUGGGUAUGUAUCAUGUGUUAUUGGAUGCCCAGUUGAAGGGAUGAUUCCUCCUGAAAAGGUGGCAUAUGUGGCUAAGGAACUGUAUGACAUGGGUUGCUUUGAAAUCUCUCUUGGUGAUACUAUUGGCAUUGGCACACCAGGUAGUGUUAUUCCAAUGCUCGAAGCUGUAUUGGCUGUUGUUCCCAUUGAGAAGCUUGCUGUACAUUUCCAUGACACCUAUGGACAAUCUCUUCCAAACAUUUUGGUGGCGCUUCAGAUGGGAAUCAACACGAUAGAUUCCUCCGUAGCAGGACUUGGCGGAUGCCCUUAUGCAAAGGGAGCAACAGGAAACGUUGCCACCGAAGAUGUGGUGUACAUGCUUCAUGGGUUAGGCAUCAACACUAAUGUCGACAUGGGGAAGCUGCUCUCUGCAGGCGAAUUCAUCUGCAAUCAUCUGGGUCGCCCUUCUGUUUCUAAAACUGCUAUUGCACUAGGACGAGCAACACAUGACACCUCCAAGAUAUGAACUUACAUUUAUCGGGAAAUAAAGUUGUUCAUAUCAUUUUUUUAAUUUCAAUAUAGUUAAUGCAGACUGUAUAUGAUGCUUCUAUAACCAUUAGAAAGGGUUUUUAAGGGACCAGAUUUCACAAAUUACAAAUGGGUUUGGGAAAAUGGGGCUUAUUUCUUGAUGGAUAUUGGAUAGGGUAUAUAAUGAUGCAUUUUUCAUAUUACUGAUUUUGUGGUAAUUGUGCAUGUUGUGUACUUGAUCAUAAUGAAGAUAGAAAAAUGCUUGUGUUGGCUGCCUGACUUUUCUCUUUUAAAUAUGAUUAUGUUUUGUUAUCUGUGCAAUACAUAGCAAGCCAACAUAGAAGCGCUCGCACAAUCAAUUUCACACGAAGCGAAGGAUGAGGUUGCGAUUUCGGUUCACGAGAUUAAUUACAGAUUGAAAGAGUAAAUGAAUUUAUCGGUGAGAUUGAAAAAGUUAAUGAAUAAAUUUGUUGAUAAGAUUAAGAGUGCUGAAAACCAUGACAUUGCUUAAACUGUGCAAAUUAAGUGGAACAACCAAAAAUAAAACUGUGCAAAUAAAAUGAGAUAGUAAAUAUUGCGUUUAGCAAUUGACUUUUAGCUGAUAUGACAAACCAAAAAACUAAGGACAACUAAAAGUCUUGACGAACACACCCUAAAUAAAGAUGGUCCAAUAAAGCAUUGUCGUAGGUGGAUACUGGGCACUGGGCAGUUGUGCACUCUAAAGAUGGCCAUCUUGUUAAAGGUGAUGAUCAAGUAUUACCAUAAAGUUGCUAAAUGGCUCUU